AUGGGUUCGUGCAUUUCUCAUAAAAAACACUACAGAGCUAUUGGUGCAAAAAUUGCAACAGAACUUAGUGAUCAUGAAAGGCAAUGAAUUAAAAUGCAAAGAGAAGCAGUUUUCCGGAAGAAAAUCUCUCUAGCACCUAUACUUAAGCUAGAAUAUAACGAAUUAUUAGCGAGAAGAAGAGGUCAGUUGUUUCAAACUAAAACUAAUAGUACGAUAUCUGAAAUCAGCGAAGAAUUAUUUAAAGGAGAUACAAUGUGUCCGAGUACGCAUCAAUCCCCUUAA